AAAGGUGUCUGAGAUGGCUGGCUUCUUGAAAGGAGGAGGUCAUCGUAUGCAUGGACAACCACACACCACCACUGCAUGCUACAGCGAAACCGUAACCUACAAGACCUCUGACGAACACCAGGGCUUGGGCGGCCCGAAGCACCACGUAGGUAGUACUACUGAUCAUGGGGUGCUUGCAUGCAAUGGAAAGACCAAGCAGACUAGAGGUGAUCGCCACAUGAAGGAGAGAGACGGCAGAAAUCUGUUUCAGAAGAUCAAGGAUAGGAUUUCUGGUGAUAGCAGCUGCAGUGACGACAGUGAGAGCGACAGUGACAACGAAGGCAACUGCCGCAAACACAAGAACAAAAUGCAUGCAUGAUCAGCCAUGGGAAUCAAAACGGGUCGUCAUGAGUGGAAAUGAAGAGAUACAUGCCACGCACUAUAUAUGUA